AUGCGAGCCCCUACGGCGCCUUUCGCUCGGCAUCACCACUCAUGCACGACUCGAGCCACGACAGCGCAAGCCGCCGACAAGGAGAGCGCCUCGAGCGCCGUCAGGUCCUUCAAUUCGAGCGCUGGCUCGCGCACCGAUGCUGCCGCUGCACAUGAGCCGGCUCAGCCGGCGCGUUUGAGACUCAGCCAAGACGACUUAUUUCAUCCGUUCUCGUCAUCGCCCGUCCCCGAGUUUCGACGUCGCGCGGCUUUCAUGAAGCAGCACGCAUAUUGCCCGCACCCGGAUCAUAAGCCUACCAAGCUGCCGACAGUGGCCCCCGGCUCCGAGGCCCCCGAAGUAACGAGCGGCAACAUGCCUCCAGCCCACGUGGACUUUGAGUGCCCCGACUGUGGCUUCCCUGUCUAUUGCAGCAAGGAGCAUUGGAUGGACCACUAUGAAGAGCACCUGAAGAUCUGCGACACUCUGCGUCAGAUCAACGAGGAUGAUCAUGAUCUUCGAUCGGGGCGAGUAUUCCACGAGGCGACUCUGCCCGACCUGCAGCUGGACGAGGCCGCAGUCAACAUGACCAACUGGGAUACGUUCAUGUAUACGAGAGAGUUCGAGGCCAUCAACUCGGACCGUUCUAUGAGACAAAUUACACGGCUCCUCACGUAUCCGAUUACAAUUGGCAGCGUCCUCCAUGAGCUGAGCCCAUACACUAUCAAGAAGGGCGAGCGCCUGACAACGGAAGGCUUGAAGAGCUUCAGUGCUUUGCGCUACAACUUGCAUCCUCCAAAGGCCGGCCGCGGCCCUGGUGUUAACCAGCUGCGACCAGAGCCGCCACCGGUGCGAGUCUUCAUUCUCGGCGCUCGAGCUGAGUCGUCGCUCCCACGGCCCGCGUGGGUGCAAUUGGCUCACCUCUUCCCCGAGUCUAAGCUCCAUCUCAUUUUCAUCGGACCUGAGAGCAUGGCGAAUCGAGAUGACGAGUUCCCGCUACCGGAACGAACGGCCUCGAACCCCUUCGGGGCCAUCGUCGAGGACCGUGUCUGGUACAAGAUGAAGAUAAGCACCAUCGUCGACUACUAUCACACUCUGCACAAGACGGGUCACUUUGCGCCGUAUGAUCCGUACUUUGACUGCUUCGUUCUCUUCCACCCCGGACUGGGCCAUCCGGCGAGCAGCCACGAGUGGGAAGAGACGCUGCCGCUUCUGUUGGAGACGAAGGUUCCCAUUAUCAGCACCGGAUACACGCAGUUCGACCUGGAGCGGGACGUCGAGUGGGUGAACAAGAAGUCCAAGGGAGAGUUUGAUGUGCUUUUGGAGCCGGGAGAGAACAUUUUCCGAAGCUUGCGGUGGGACCUGAACGACAUGGACCCCCAGGACGUCAGCUGCGGCAAUUGGGGAGUGUGGGCGUUCCGUGGCAAGAGAUAUGAGACGACAACAAAGGAAGAAUAG